CCCCGCCCCUGCUCCCUACAGCCCUACCCUGGAGAUCACCCACCUGGACUCCGUGUUUUCUUUCUCCCUGGCGGCCUUUCGCGCACCUUCCCGCUAGCAAUGCCGUUCGUUGAGCUGGACACGAACUUGCCCGCCGGCCGUCUGCCCGCGGGACUUGAGAAGCGGCUCUGCGCGGCCACUGCCGCCAUCCUGGGCAAGCCUGAGGAUCGCGUGAACGUGACUGUGCGGCCCGGCCUGGCCAUGGCGAUGAACGGCUCGGCGGAGCCCGGCGCGCAGCUGCUCGUCUCCUCCAUAGGUGUGGUGGGCACGGCCGAGGAGAACCGCGGCCACAGUGCCCGCCUCUUCGAGUUUCUCACCAAGGAGCUGGACCUGGCCCAGGACCGGAUAAUUAUCCGCUUUCUCCCCUUGGAGCCCUGGCAGAUCGGCAAGAAGGGGACAGUCAUGACCUUUUUAUGAUUGGCGUGGAGGGCAUCCAGGGCAUCUGUGAUCUGACAGCCCCUUCCAGAGAGGCUCCUGGCAGAGUGAGGGCCUGGUGGAUACCAGCUUCUGGCACCCCCACAUGCAGACAGGCCUGUGACCUCACAGUCCUCUUCCCCAUCCUUAUGACAAAUAAAUGAAGAGCGCUGUCUCUCUCAAACAUGA